UGGGCAACGAGCUAGCUAGACGAAGGAGUCCCAAGUUCUCAGCAGUCAGUCAGCAUGAUGGUCUCCAUUACCAGCCACCGCCAGCAGCUCCUGCUGUACCUGCACUUGCUCGUUCACUUGUUCCUUGGGAUCCAACAGCUCUCGCACUCCCUCGCCACCUACACCAACCAAACUACCGUGCCACCACCAGCAGCAGCAGCUGUUCCAUGCCGGCCGGACCAGUCCGCGACGCUGCUCCGGCUGCGGCGUUCCUUCUCCACCACCACCGACUCCGCAUGCACCCUUGCGUCGUGGCGGGCUGGCACGGACUGCUGCCUCUGGGAGGGCGUCUCCUGCACCGCUGCCGAUGGCCGCGUCACCACCCUCGACCUCGCCGAAUGCUGGCUGCAGAGUGCCGGCCUCCAUCCGGCGCUUUUCGACCUCACCUCCCUGAGGUACUUGGAUCUCUCCUUCAACAGCUUCAAUGAGUCAGAGCUCCCGGCCGUCGGGUUCGAGCGGUUCACCGAGCUCACCUACCUCAACCUCUCCUACACCGACUUUAUAGGCAAGAUACCGCACGGGAUACGACAGCUCAGCAAACUGGUAACCCUGGACUUCACCAAUUGGAUUUAUCUUAUCGAAGGUGACAACGACUAUUUCCUGCCACUCGGCGAAGGAAGGUGGCCUGUCGUAGAGCCAGACAUUGGAGCAUUCGUCGCUAACCUUAGCAACCUCAAGGAGCUUUAUCUAGGCAAUGUCGACUUAUUUGACAACGGGGCAGCAUGGUGCAGUGCCUUUGCCAAUUCCACUCCACAACUUCAGGUUCUCAGCCUACCAAAUACCCACAUCGAUGCUCCAAUUUGUGAAUCAUUGUCCAGCAUUCGCUCACUGACCAAGAUCAACCUAAACUAUAACAAAGUGUAUGGCCAAAUUCCAGAGUCCUUUGCUGACCUACCUUCCCUCACUUUUCUUAAGCUUGCUUAUAAUCGCCUCGAAGGACGGUUCCCGAUGAGGAUCUUCCAGAACAAAAACUUAACAUCUAUUGAUGUUAGUUAUAAUUCCAAGAUAUGUGGUUUGCUUCCUAAUUUCUCAUCACAUAGUAUUAUUAAGGAAUUGCUUUUUAGCAACACUAACUUCUCUGGUCCCGUUCCGAGUUCAAUAAGUAAUCUCAUAUCCUUGAAGAAAUUAGGUAUUGCAGCAACUGACUUUCACCAAGAGCAACUUCCCACUUCAAUUGGCGAGCUCAAAUCAUUAACAUCAUUACAAGUUUCUGGAGCUGGUAUAGUAGGAGAAAUACCAUCUUGGGUUGCAAAUUUGACUUAUUUGGAAACUUUACAGUUCUCAAACUGUGGGUUAUCUGGUCAAGUACCUUCCUUCAUAGGUAACCUCAAGAACCUAAUUACAUUGAAAUUGUAUGCAUGUAAUUUUUCAGGUCAAGUUCCACCACAUAUAUUUAAUCUUACUCAAUUAGGCAUCAUAAAUUUUCAUUCCAAUAGUUUCAUUGGUACCAUCCAACUCAGCUCAUUCUUCAAAAUGCCCAACCUAUUCAGAUUGAAUCUUUCAAACAACAAACUUUCUAUAGUAGAUGGAGAAUACAAUUCUUCAUGGGCAUCCAUCCAAAACUUUGAUACUCUAUGUCUAGCAUCCUGUAACAUGUCCAAGCUCCCUAAUUCCUUGAAGCACAUGCAUUACGUUGAAGUUCUUGACCUUUCAAACAAUCACAUCCAUGGCCCUGUACCUCAGUGGGCAUGGGAUAAUUGGAUCAACUCACUCAUCUUGAUGAACAUAUCGCACAACCAAUUUAGCAGUGGUAUUGGAUAUGGCCCUACCAUUUCUGCUAAUAUGUUUGUUAUCGAUAUCAGUUAUAACCUAUUUGAAGGGCCCAUACCUAUACCAGGACCGCAGAACCAACUAUUUGAUUGCUCAAACAACCAAUUUUCAUCCAUGCCAUUCAAUUUUGGUUCUUACUCAAGUAGUAUUUCCCUACUCAUGGCUCCUAGAAACAAGUUGUCUGGAGAAAUUCCACGAUCAAUCUGUGAAGCAACAAGCCUUAUGCUCCUUGAUCUCUCCAAUAAUUAUUUGAUUGGCUCCAUCCCUUCUUGUUUAAUGGAGGAUAUGAGUCGCUUGAAUGUAUUAAAUUUGAAAGGAAAUCAACUUCAAGGAAGAUUACCAAAUAGCCCAAAGCAAGAUUGUGCAUUUGAGGCAUUAGACUUUAGUGAUAAUCAGAUUGAAGGACAAUUACCUAGAUCUCUAGCUGCUUGCAAAGACUUGGAGGUUUUUGAUAUCGGGAAGAAUCUUAUUAAUGAUACAUUUCCAUGUUGGAUGAGUAUGCUUCCUAAACUUCAAGUCCUUGUUCUAAAGUCCAACAUGUUCAUUGGAGAUGUGGGGACAUCUAUUUUAGAAGAUCGAAAUAAUUGUGAGUUUGGAAAACUUCGAAUUAUUGACUUGGCUUCAAAUAAUUUCUCUGGAUUAUUGCGGAACAAAUGGUUUAAAUCAAUGGGAUCCAUGAUGACUAAAGAUGUCAAUGAGACAUUGGUCAUGGAAAAUCAAUAUGAUCUACUUGGCCAAACAUACCAGUUCACCACUGCCAUCACAUAUAAAGGAUCUGAUAUUAGUUUUUCUAAAAUUUUGAGGACCAUUGUCAUCAUUGAUGUUUCUAAUAAUGCAUUCUAUGGCCCUAUUCCUGAGUCAGUUGUGGACCUUCUUCUACUUGGUGGGCUGAAUAUGUCAUGUAAUUCCCUCAUUGGACCGAUACCAUCUCAGCUUGGCAUGCUACAUCAACUUGAGUCACUAGACCUAUCUUCAAAUGAACUUUCUGGAGAGAUCCCAUGGGAGUUGGCAUCAUUAGAUUUUCUUUCAAUGUUGAAUCUAUCCUACAACCAGCUGCAGGGAAGAAUACCUGAGUCUUCACACUUCUUGACAUUCUCCGAUCUCUCAUUUUUAGGAAACAUUGGCCUAUGUGGGUUUCAAGUGUCCAAAGCCUGUAACAACAUGACACCAGAUAUGGUUCAACAUCAGUCCAAGAAGGUAUCAAUAGACAUUAUACUAUUCCUUUUUGUUGGAUUGGGAUUUGGUGUUGGAUUCGCAAUUGCAAUUAUCUUGACAUGGGGAAUCUCAGCGAGCUCAUCCUUACCUUUACAAUCCACAUUGUUGAGGAUAAUGUUCCAUCUCCAAUAAUAUGUCCAACUACUUCACCUAAUCAACCAUGUCAUCUCAAGGAGGAUGAAGGUCACCUUCCCAUUGUUCAAGAAGAGUCAGCUUCAUUGUACAAAUUCCUCUUCAGAACAUAUUUUCUUCAAUUAGGGGUAAUAACCUAGCUUGCCAUCCAAUGGGGUUUCUAGACUACUGAUUGAUGUUUGAUGAUAAGGGUUAUGUUCCAUCCAUUACUAUGCUUGAAAAGUGAUCAAAUCGAUAAAUCCUCGGCCAUAUUGGAAGAGGGAUUCUAGCGAUGACAUUUGGAUUUAAGAGCAUGAACUUUUCCACUUUGGAUGCAUGGUAUGUUUUCAACGGUAAUGGUAUUGUCUCUGAAGGUGGAAUCUCCAUGUUUAAUGAGUGUGACUAGCUUCCAUCAUACAUUGCUAUGUCUGGAGAUACUCCAUACCAUUGUCCAUACUUAUCAUAGCUUUAGUCUUUUUACUUUGUUGUUUAUGACAAUUUUAGUUGCCAAUAUGCCCGCCUUUAUAUAGUGCAAAGGUUGUUCAAUAGAGGCUUGUAUAUGUACCAAACUUUUGUCUAACAAAUGUGCCCCCCAAUAUUGUCUUUGCUGAACAUUUAGACACAAUUCAAGAUUAUGAUUAGAGGCCAUUCAUCCCAAGAGUAAAUGAGAUAUAUGCAUGUGUUUCAUUUGGUCUGAUGUUGGUUGAGCCCUGCCAUAUGCUUAAGGAAGGCAAACAUUGUGCUA